ACAUUGCACAGUAGUGGUCGAGGGCAGUUUCCCCCACCGGUGCGAUCCACGUCGCUGCUCCUCUUGACAUCAAACUCCUCAUCGGCACCACUGAAGCAAAGAGCUGGGAGAUUUUUGAUUCAUCGACUGAUUUUCUCGGUGCGGAAAUCCAGCGCGUUCCUCCACUAUUUGUAUCCCAGCAACCGGAUGAAUGGAGCUCUUGAACAAACGCCACCGGCAUCAUCCUUCAUUGAUUCAUUUAACUCGAGCGACUGCACAAUAAACACACGCCCGCCUGUAUAAACCGAGACUUUAAACUUCACCAAAAGGCGACUGCGUGCGCUCAUCCAUGGAGUUUGACACGCAUGGUUCGGCUUUGCGCAUGCGCACAACUAGGUCCCCGCCCCCUACCUGAGAGCGGCGCACCUGGAUCCAACGAGACGGAAGUUUGGUCAAGUCCAAAUCUUUUUAGGGUUUUUUUUUCCUCUCUCUCUACCCGACCAAAACCAACUUCUCCUUCGCGUCGGUGUAGGCAGCGACGCGUAACCCGUUCGGAAGGAGACAUGAAUUCGGUCCUUGUGUUUUUGUUGGAGUCGAUUUGGGAGCUUUUUUUUAUCGCACGUCUGGCUCCCUGACUCAUGUUGGGACUGCAGUUUAAACCCAGCCUGGGUCUCCAUCCAAGAAGAAUGACAAUACUGCGCCGAGUGUUCCGACGACGACUGCAUCCUCUGAAACUUGUCAUAGCAGCACUGGUCUUUGUCACGUUUGUGUUCUUGAUACAAUGGGAAGUGGAGAGCCGAAGUCAACGGGAGGACCCGUGGCUAAAGGAGAUCAAAGAGAAGCAGGAUACCAUGCUGGGCAUGGUGAUGGGAGCGGUUAAUAACUUCAGGGACGCCAUGCCCAAGUUGCAAAUUAGAGCCCCCAUACGUCAGAAGCACAGUGCAAACGGCGCGUCCUGCUUGCCGGGUCACUACACAGCCGCCGAGCUCAAACCGGCCUUGGAGAGGCCUCCACAGAACCCACUGGCGCCCGGCGCCGCUGGCAAGCCCUUUCGCACGGACUCGCUGAGCCCCGCAGAACAGAAGGAAAAAGAGACGGGCGAGCAGAAGCACUGCUUCAAUCUGUAUGCCAGCGAUCGCAUCUCCCUGAGCCGAGACCUGGGCGCCGACACGAGACCACCAGAAUGUAUUGAGCAAACCUUCAAGCGAUGCCCUCGCUUGCCAACCACCAGCGUGAUAAUCGUCUUUCACAAUGAGGCCUGGAGCACCCUGCUCAGGACGGUGUACAGCGUCCUGCAUACAUCCCCCGCCAUUCUCCUCAAGGAGAUUAUCCUGGUGGACGACGCCAGCGCUGAUGAUGUGCUUAAGGACGAGUUGGACGAGUAUCUGAAAGCUCUCAGUAUUGUCCGGGUCGUCCGGCAAAUAGAGAGGAAAGGGCUGAUUACUGCUCGGUUACUGGGCGCGUCUGUGGCUACCGGUGACACACUCACCUUUCUGGAUGCCCAUUGCGAAUGCUUUCACGGCUGGCUGGAGCCGCUGCUUGCCAGGAUUGCGGAGAACUCGACUGCCGUGGUCAGUCCUGACAUAUCAACCAUUGACCUCAACACCUUUGAGUUCAUGAAGCCGUCCCCGUCCGGCCAGAACCACAACCGGGGCAACUUUGACUGGGGCUUGUCCUUUGGAUGGGAGAGUCUUCCGGAUCAUGAGAAAAACAGGAGGAAGGAUGAAACGUACCCAAUUAAGACGCCCACUUUUGCCGGCGGGCUGUUCUCCAUCUCCAAGGAAUAUUUCUACCACAUUGGAAGCUAUGAUGAGCAAAUGGAAAUCUGGGGCGGCGAGAAUAUUGAAAUGUCUUUCAGGGUCUGGCAGUGCGGCGGGCAGCUGGAGAUCAUCCCGUGCUCCGUCGUGGGCCACGUUUUCCGCACCAAGAGUCCCCACACUUUUCCCAAGGGCACGCAGGUCAUCGCCCGCAACCAGGUCCGACUGGCCGAGGUCUGGAUGGACGAGUAUAAGGAGAUCUUCUACCGUCGUAACCAGCAAGCGGGACAGAUGGCCAAAGAUAAAACCUUUGGGGAUGUCUCGAAGCGCGUCGAGCUCCGUGGGCGGCUGCAGUGCAAGAGCUUCUCCUGGUAUUUGAAGAACGUCUAUCCAGAGGUCUUCAUGCCCGAUCUGAACCCCCUGCGCUUUGGCGCGGUGAAAAAUGUGGGCAAGGACUCUUGUCUGGACGCCGGCGAGAACAAUGACGGGGGCAAACAGCUGAUCAUGUACCCAUGUCAUGGACUGGGAGGGAACCAGUAUUUUGAGUUCUCCACGCAUCAUGAGAUCCGACACAACAUUCAGAAGGAGCUGUGUUUGCACGGGGUGCAGGGGCCCGUCAAGCUGGAGGCCUGCCAGUAUAAAGGCAGGAACACGGCGGUAGGACCAGAGCAAAAGUGGCAGAUGCAGGAUAACCAGUUAAUCUACCUGCCGAGAAGCAACAUGUGUCUGAGUGCCCGCUUUGAGCAUCCCGCCCUCACUCCAUGCGACCCUUCAGACAGAUACCAGCUUUGGGCCUUUAUCUGACUGCGGACCUCUUGAGUAUCCCUUUUUUUUAUAUAUAGAUUCCUGACUGCAAUGACUUUUUAAUUUAUUUUUAACACAUGAAAACAGAACUGUCGCUGCUUCAAAGUCUGAAUGUCGGGCGAAAGCACGUCGGGGGCCACCGUGGGGAGGAAACGUUUUGGACACGUUGCCUCCGAGCACAGUGUGUACUCAAAGAUGCUCGGAAUCAUGAAGGUGCACUGAGCUGACUGGUGCCUGUGUUUUUUUUUUUUUUUUUUAAUCAAAUGUACGGACAAAAGUAUUGGGACACAUGGCCAUUAAACAUACUGAAUUUAGGCCAAAAGCUUCCACUCUCCUGGAAGAUUUUUGACCAGAUUGUCAAUUUCUUUCACUUUAAACCAUCUUUUCAGGCCUUGAUGGAUCUGCGCAAAGUUGUUCCCACUAAAUUGGAAGCAGGGUUAAGAUAAAGUUGAACAUUUAGGAAUCCAUUGAUACCUUAGAGCUGUGCCCCAAGACUUUCGUCCCUACGUGUAGUUUCACUUCUCCUCGUAUGAGUAUUGUCACGUGCUGUAUUGCACCUACGUGAAGCCAACAUUGAAUCGAAUAUCUAUUAAAUGAUAAAAUAACACUGAAAACAUAAACAAACGCCUUACAAUUAGCGCACCAAAGACACUGACUCAAAAAACGGAAACACAAACGUGAGCACAGUCCUUCAAAGAACCAACCUAUUUUUAAGACCGCUUUCAUCCAGUGCCUUAAAUGCCAUUUUAUUCUAUACGAGGUGAGGGAAAAGGUGAUCUACUGCAUGAGUGUGCGGGGAGUACCGUUGUUGCGGGGGUCGUCAUUGUUUUCUUGGUAUGAAGUUGGCUGCCUCUGAAACGCCCUGAUGCAAAUGCCGCAAUGCUUAGCUGCCAAUGUGUACUUCAAUUUGACGGACACAUCUGAUGACCAACACGCUGUGCUGUAAAAGAGGCCAAACUCCUUUGUGCUAGUUAUCCUAAAUACUGCAAACUUGACCAGCCUUACUGUGUGGUUUUCAUGUCAAACUGGGGGGGAACUUGGAAAAAUAAAUAUGUGCAGCCAUU